AUGAUCCUGGUUGUCUAUGAGUCAGGUCUCCAGUGCCUGUCCCCAUCUAACGAUUUGAUGGUCCCCGUUGUUAACCUUGCAUUUCAUCAUGCCCUUACUACCAACCUUGCCGUACCACUCAAACUUCUUGAUCGAAUCCUUGAUCAAGUCUAUGAUAUCUUGAUUCCCAAGGUGCAUGAUGGCUGGGUUUAUCGGCCUGUUAUAGGUCACACCAAACGCACAGGUGCCAUAUUGAACAAGCUGAUGCUGGGAACCGCUCAAAAUCGUCCAACUUCCGCCACCGGAAAUGUUCGAAGCAAUCUUCAGGCAGUCGGCGACGAGGGGGAGGCAUUCGAGGAUUGA